UACAAAAAUAUCGAAAUCAUAAGAAUAUUUAGGAUUACAUAAUAAUCAGCCGCAAGGACGUAUAAUGAAUACGUGAUUGAUUGUGCUUAGAGGAAGAUGAUUUAAAUUCAAUUGAUUGCUUUUUUGGAUUUCUCAGACAAUUUUGUGACACACCCAGAACUCAAUGAUACAUCGUUUUAGACUUUUCACGAAAUAAGAGUACAAGAAUUGCUCAUCUCGGGAGAGCAUUAACACUUGCAGACGCCAAUGAAGCGAGCAGAAUGAUAAUAGGAUAUAACAUAGCGGAAACAAUAAGUUGAUCUCAAAUAAGUUUCAUACAAAAACGUGCAAUCAAACUUAAAACCAAUUAAAAGCAGUAUGGAUUAUUAUAUUCUUAUAAUUAGUGUUGUUUUAUGCCAUACAUUGCAAAUUACAAAUGGCCAGUAUACAUUCAAGUGUCAAGAUGAUACAUGGAGUUUGGAUACUACCACCUGCUACAAGGUGUUCACACAGAAAGCAGAAUGGGAGGAUGCCCAGAUUACAUGUCAAAGGUAUGGGGGUAACCUAGUGGAGAUAUUUGGUUACCAUGAGAACAAACACGUUGGUGAGCUAGCUUGGGCCCAAGGUGUUAAGGAAUACUGGAUAGGACUAAAUAACAGAAGUAGCAGCAUAUCCUGGGGUUCUAUUGUGUCUUCUUAUAGUGUCAGUCAGGGCUACUGGGGUGCCUAUGAGCCAGAGGAUACGAAUGGCAUGUGUACUAAGAUCAAUGUCAGAGAGGACAGCUACCUGGGCAGGGAUUAUGAGUGGGGGUAUAGCCAAUGCAAAGAUCAGCUUCCCUUUGUCUGCAAGGCAGGGGCUUGUCUAAAUGGUUUUUUCCAGUGUGCAACGGGACAAUGUAUCCAGGAAAAGUUUAAAUGUAAUGGAGAAAACGAUUGCGGAGACUUCUCUGAUGAAAGCGACUGUCCUGAUAGCUGUAGAUACUACUAUGACGAAGAGACGGGGGAUUUUUCCAAAAAACCAUAUGAAAACUCAGAAAACUGCAGGUGGACUAUAGAGGGCACUGUAGGCAAACGUGUAAAAUUAAAGUUCACCAGUUUCAACACUGAGCUAGGCCUAGACCAGGUCCAAAUAUGGGCUGGAGGCAAAACACUGAGCACAGCUGUAUUGGUGAAGUCGUUGUCAGGUGAUCUUGGUGCCUCCUCAUCCCCUGAGUGGUUUGUAAGCCCUAACAACCUAAUGAUCGUCACCUUCAUAUCUGAUAAGAAUGUAGAACGUGAUGGAUGGGAAGCCCAAUGGGAAAUGGAGGAUAUUGAUGAUGGUGGUGAACUGACUGCUACUGAGGAUGACCAGAAUUUCACAAGUCCAAAGUACACAGAGGGCUUCUACAUGCAUGAUCAGAGAGUACAGUGGGUUAUCAAGGCCCCUGAGAGACAAAUUAUCACCCUAAAGGUGACAGACCUUCAAUUGUCUUCUAACAGAGAGGACUAUGUUGAGAUCCGUAAUGGCGGUAGUGUAGGAGAUGACGUCCUUGUGACAUACAGGGGGACAGAUAUACAACCUAAGUUCAUCCAAUCAACCACCAAUCAACUAUUUGUUUACUUCCAUUCUGAGACCUAUAAUUUUCUACGCCAAGGUUUCAAGUUCACAUAUGUACAAGGGUGCUCUGUGGAUGUGAAUGUAACACAGGGGUUAAUAGAAACGCCAGGGUACAGCCUAGGGCAGAACUACCCUAACUUUGUUACCUGUUACUGGAAUCUCACUGGUUCAACAGGGAGGCCUGUGUCUUUGGUCUUCAAGGAAUUUGACUUCAAAGCAAAUGACCAUGUCACAGUGAUAAAUAGAAAUAGUGGGGAGGUGGUUCUAAAUAAGCAAUCUGGAUCAUUAUCUCAUCUUCCUUUCCGUGUUGAGGCUUCUUCCAGUGUAUCUGUCAUAAUGUCCACCAGUGCAUUUGACAAUGGCAAGGGGUUUACUGCUACAUUCUCGUCAGAUUGCCAGGAUCCAUUGUUCAAUAAUAUGACAAAUCCUCAUCCUGAUAAUUACACACUUUACUAUGGGACCACUGUUGAAGUAUCUUGUCCCCCAGGUUAUGAAUUCUCUGGGGAGGAGUAUCGAGAGAACUCUACAAUAACAAUGGAAUGUCUGAACGGGGGAGUGUGGAAUGUGAACACGCCACCCCAAUGUCAACCAAAAUUUUGCGGUGAAGUUCCACUAAACACGUCUAACAUUCGCGCCAUGAGUUCAGGAGGUGUGACAUAUGGUCACAAUGUCACCUAUACAUGUGACCAGGGUUACACAAUCGUUGGAAACGCCACAAUAACAUGUGGGGAUGAUGGCUGGGGUGAACCUCCGACAUGUGAACCUGCAUCAUGCGAUGGACUUUCCGCUCCGCUGAAUGCAGAAUUGUCAGGAAAUGGAACAGUUUUUGGGACUAUCGUCAACUUCACCUGUGACCCUGGAUACAUAAUAGAGGGCGCUCCUAAACUGUUGUGUCAGGAAAAUGGAAAUUGGUCACACCCAGUACCAACUUGUAUAAAGUUGAAAUGCAGUGCACCAAUGGUUAAAAACAGCAACCAGACAAGCUUCGACAUAACUAGAGAAUUCCAAGAGACAAUAGAUGUCACUUGUGAUGGUGGGUACGGGAUACGUGGAUCCUCAGAGAAUACAACGUUCUCUAUGACAUGUAGCGAAACUGGACAGUUUAUUGGAGAGGAAGAAUGCCAAGAUAUCAAUGAGUGUUUGGUGGACACCACUUGUGACCAGCUAUGUCUGAACAACAAUGGUAGCUUUACAUGUGAAUGUCAGGAUGGCUAUAGGCUUGAUGCUGGUGGAGUGAAUUGCACUGAUAUUAAUGAAUGCGACGAAGGAAGCCACACAUGUAAACAUAAUUGUUCUAACAAAGAUGGAGGCUAUGAAUGCUCUUGCAAUGUAGGUUACACCCUAUACACCGCCAAUGGUACCAUGGAAUUCUUCAUACCACUUGGAGAGGAUGGAUAUGGAGCUAAUGAUACUUACAGAUUUAACCGCUCUUGUGUCUCAAACUCUUGUCCUGAGCCGAAUGGUACAGCUAAUGGUGACCUACUAAGCGAUAGGUCUGUCUAUCACCUUGGUGAUAAGGUGUUUUACUACUGUAACAUUGGCUACAGGUUGGAUAGUGAGAGUGCUUUAGAAUGUACAGCUGAUGGAAGUUGGUCUAAGCCAGUUCCUACUUGCGAAGAGCAAUUCUGCGAUAUGUUCAACACAUCAGAAUGGACAUACCCACCAUACAAUGUCAGCACAGACGAUACACAAAUAGCAUACCUUGCAAAUGUCACUGCCUUUUGUGACAUUGGGAACCCCAAUGAGACAACUAAGCACUUCCAAUGUCUUUAUGAUAAGACUGACGAUUCUUACAAGUUGAUGGGAAGUUCAUUCAACUGCCCAGUUGUCAACUGUGGUGAACCUGAACGACUGGAAUCUACAGAACCCUAUGAGUAUGUCAUUAAACCUUGGAGUGAUGAUUUCCUAACUUUGUAUGGUGUAGAGUUCAAUAUGUCCUGUACUAAUGGGACAUCUCAGGCAGGGUCAACAAGAGAGGAUAUGCCAGAUGUGACUACUGUACGGUGUAAUGAGACAGGACAAUGGACAUUUUGGAAUUUUAGAUGUUUGGGUGACCCAUGUACAGACCCUGGCAGAAGGCCAGACCAGAGACAGAGUAACAUUACUGAUAGUUAUGAAAUCAAUGCUAAGGUCAAGUAUGAAUGUCUCAGAGAAGGUUUUGAGAUUGCCAAUGAUACAAUCACAUGUAAAGAUUUUGAGUGGGAACCCAGGUAUCCAUCAGAAUGUGUAGAUGUGGAAGCACCAACAUUUGAUGUAGAGUGUCCAUCGGGAAUACUUUACAGAAAACUAUACCAAGAGUAUGGUUUCCAUGCUCCAAAUGCCAGUGACAAUGUCGAAGUGACCAGCUCCAUGGUGGAACCAGCAGGAUACCAUGAAAGCUCACUUUUCGAUGGUUACUUCAAUAUAAGUGAAACAUUUCUGUUUACAUUCUCUGAUGAAGCAGCCAAUGAAAUUAGUUAUACAGUGGAGUUAAUACUGUCUGAGGAGAACCCUCCUAAGAUCACCUGCCCAGACCCUCAUACAGAACCUGUAUAUGCGGAUGAGCCAAGGGAUGUUGUAUUCUCUAAAGACAAUGUAACCGUGACUGAUGGAGAAGGAGAUGUGCGACGUGUGGAGUUUGAACCUGAGAAGCUCCCAGUGAGCCUCGAUGACCUUGGUGAUGUAUAUAACAUAACUGCUACUGCAUUUGACGAGAGGAACAACACAGCAUCUUGUACAUUUCAAGUGAAAGUGGAAGCUGGAAAUUGCGUGACUGCUGACCUUCCACAUCCGAGAAAUGGGACGAUGAAUUGUACAGUUGAAGGCACAGUAACAACAUGUUAUUUCUUCUGUGAUAAGGGAUUCCAGUUUUAUGAUGAAAAAGAAAAGGUUCUAACGUGUGAUUCCAGCAAGGGCGAAAAUUGGAAUAUUACUGAAAUGCAUGAUUGUGUUGCACCACCUCUCGCCAUGGUGGCUGAUACUUACACAAUUGCCUAUAGGUCUGAACCAAUAGGAGCAACCCUCAGUGAGGCGUGCUUGAACCAUACUGUCUUCAAUGAACAUUUCCUCAGGGCUUCAGGAUUAGCGGUGGAAGGUCACCUUGCUUAUAUGUGUGAGGUAGCGAGGGGUAUAUUGUGGGAUGUUGAUUUUCCAGAAGUCAAUUUAACAUUAAAGGAUAAUGAGACAUUAUAUGCUAGUGUUGCCAUACGAAUUGGGCCUGAUGACAUAACAAUAGGAGAUGCAGAAAGUUGCUUCAAUCUCAUAGAUGCUCUUCUGCAAGACAUUGAAAAUAUCUUAACAGAGGCAUCUAAAUAUUUUACUAAUGUCACUGGAAUAGAAGGAUGUCCUAAUUUGAAAGUUGAUAAAGAUGAAACAAAAACACUGACUGGAAGUAUGACUGAUACACAUGGAUUCAAAUGUCUUGGUGAUGAAAAAAAUUAUGUUCUUGAAAAGGUAUCUGACAGUGAGACGGUGUGCAUACCUUGUCCAGCUGGUCUUUUCUAUGAUGUGGAAUCUGAAAAAUGUGUUCUUUGUCCCAUGGGGCAAUACCAGCCAGAUCAGGGCAUGACUGAGUGUAUCGCUUGCCCCAAUGAUACAUGGACUGAAACUGAAGGUGUCUCUCUAGAGAGUGAAUGUUUAGCAACAUGCAACAUACAAGGCAUGUGGUCCUCCACCAGGCUGCCACCAUGUCAACAAUGUCCAAUAGACACAUACCUGGUCAACGCAACGUAUUGUGAAGCCUGUCCAGACAACACUACAACACACAGGCCUGGAAUGACUGAUGAAUCUCAAUGCAUGGGAUUCUGUGAUGAGGGCACCUACUCCCCCAGUGGCUACAAACCCUGUACACAAUGCCCAAAGAAUUUUUACCAGGAUGAAAAAAAUCAAACGCGAUGUAAACGUUGUGAUGGUGAUACAGAGACAUUAAGUGGUGGUUCUAUAUCAGUCAAUAACUGCACAGACAUAAUUUUGAACCCAAGUUACUGCCAAAAUGGAGGUACACCUAUUGCACAGAAUAACACACUCAUGUGUUCAUGUAAAUCAGGUUACAGUGGGCCUACAUGUGAAAUUGAAAGAAACCCAUGUGAUUCAUCCCCAUGUUAUUACAAUGGUAUCUGUUACAAGAAUGACACCCAGAACUACACAUGUGGAUGUGUAGAGGGCACAUCAGGGGAUCGAUGUGAGAAUGACAUAAAUGGCUGCAAUGAGGGGCCCAAUGCUGGUGAAAAGUGCCUCAAUGGUGGAAUGUGUCAGGAUGCCCUCCCUGGUGAAAAUGGCGAGGGCUACAAUUGCUUCUGUACAAAUGGUUGGACUGGUGUAAGGUGUAAUGAGACAGCGAAUGACAAGUGUGUCGAUAAGGACUGUGGGAAUGGAACAUGCAUCAAUCCAGGAGAUGAUAACAUACGUGUAUACUGUGAAUGUGAAUUGGGGUACACAGGAAAAGAUUGCUCUAGCUUCAUAGAUGCCUGUGCCCAGGAACCAUGCUAUUAUGGUGGGAAUUGUAGUAACAUACUCCAUGGCUACAAGUGUGAAUGUCCCAGUUGGACAUACGGCAGCAACUGUGAGUACCUCAUCAACCAAUGUGCAGCUGAUGAAUGUGGUGGCACAGGCGAAUGUGUCAGCCAUUACAACUCACGUGAACAUCUUUGUGUUUGUAGUGCCGGUUUCUAUGGUGAUGGUACAAAUUCUUCGCUACUCAGUGACCUUUAUUCAUCAGGUUCAGAGCAACUUGGUGUAGAAGAGUUUGCAUUUGGAGAUUGCACAGACAAGAGCUACUGUGCCUCAAACCCUUGCAUGGAGGGUGUUUCCUGUGACGAGGAGCUUGAGGGGUUCAGAUGUGGCACAUGCCCCGCAGGGUUCACUGGAUCAAGGUGCCAGAAUAACAUUGACGACUGUGAGGAGGUCACAUGUCAAAACGGUGGGAUGUGUGUUGAUGCAGUGAAUGGUUAUAUUUGUGAAUGUGUAUCCGGAUAUUCUGGUAAGGAUUGUGAAAACAAUGUAAAAACCUGUAGUAAUUGUGAUGAUACUGGGACACAGACCAAGAACAAUGACACUUGCGAGUGCUUCUGUAAACCAGGCUACACUGGGGAAAACUGCACUAUUGAUAUUGAUGAGUGUGCUAGCUCUCCCUGUCUCCAUGGUGGUUCUUGCCAGCAGGAAAUCAAUGACUUCACAUGUAACUGCACUCAAGGCUGGGAGGGUAAAGUCUGUGACACCAUUACAGAUUACUGCGAACUCGACACAUGUAAGAAUGAUGGCUCUUGUUACAAUGUAUUCCAGAACUUCUUCUGCAAGUGUUUGCCUGGCACAUAUGAAGCAACAUGUAAUGAGACAGCCUCCAUUUGUAUGGACACAUCACCAUGCUCGGACAAAGCAAAGAACUGUAGCGACUCUGGUGCCAAUGUGGAGUGCACAUGUCCUGAAGAGUACAGUGACAAAGAAUUCUGUCAUUUCCUGAAAGACUACGAAGAGAGCAAUCCGUGUAAGAAUGGGGGCACUGUGGAGACAAUCUUUCUGCCUUAUGGCUAUAGGUGUCACUGCAAGCAAGGCUAUACAGGGGACACAUGUGAAAAUAAUGUAGCUGAUUGCAGUAGCUUUCCCUGUACUGGUGGAGCAACUCCUGUAGAUGGGGUUGGAGAAUGUUUUUGCAUGUGCCCUCCUGGGAAGAUUGGACCAAACUGCGACAAAGAUAUUGACCGUGAUUUUGACUUGAAUUUUUACUCCAAUGACCGAACUUCUCUGGCAAAACAGGCCUACCCAUUUAGCUUCAACACUACUAGUUUCACUCUCAUGCUCUGGGUUAGAUUUAUUGAUGUCAAUCCAAAAGGAACUUUUCUAACCCUGUAUGGACUGGACACACGUAAUGGUGUUGAGAGGGAAGAAUUGGUGAGAAUGGAUGAUGCCGCUAUCCAUCUUACAUUUGGUUCAGAAACAAAGACAAUACCAUGGGAAGAGGAUCCAGACAAAGAGGGCAGGUUUGACAAUUGCAAAUGGAAAAAUGUUGGAUUUUCCUGGAAUGAAGGAAUCAUUUACGUGUACUACAGUAGCAGUAAAAACCCUAUUAGUACUGAUGCUGACAAAUUUGCCUCUUCAUAUAGGACACCUCUAUUUGGUCUUUUAGUACUUGGGACUGAGCUUGAUUCUGAGUUUGAACCAAAACCAGGUUCAGGGAUGUUAGGGCAUAUCAGCAAUGUCAACAUAUGGACUGGUGGACUGAAUUAUAGCAUCAUAGGAGAUCUUUUUGAGUUUGGUCAUAAUUUUGAUCCAUACCCACUUGAUAAUCUGAUCUCUGAUUGGGUGAACUUUGUGCAAGAGGGAGCCACUGAGAUAGUAAUCGGGUCAGAUAUCAAGUCGAACAACUUGUAUGUUUGUGUUAACAUAGAGGAUACAAAUGCACCAAACAUGACAUGUGACGAUGUCAUCUACGAGUUCAGUGAUGUCAGAGUAACCAAUGUAAAGGACACCAAGCCAGUUGUCACCAACGCCACUGUGGUCCCAGUAGGAGAUGUGUCUCCUGUUUACAUUUGGGAGAAGUACUCCAGGACUUACGUGGCUCAAGAUCCCAAUGGAAACCAUGCAUUCUGUACAGUACCUGUAUAUGUACAAUAUUCAAAUUGCCCUGCUUUAAAACAACCCUCUGGAACAAAAGUAUCAUGUGACCCAGCUGGUCGCACUUGGCCACCUUUCAGCAAUUGUGAAGUGUCUUGUGUGGAUCCAACCCAAAAGUUCUCUCAGCCAAUGCCCAAAUUUGAAACAUGUGGACCAGAAGGAGCAUGGAAUAAAAAGAACCAAUAUCUUAACUAUGAGCUUCCCUCUUGUGCAGAUACCGUAGACAGGAAGUUCCGAGUGAAGAUUACCUUGACGUACAAAGAUCUGUCAAACUGCGGGAGUAAAGAUGACAAGACAGGAACAGACAGAGAUUUUUAUAACAAUAUAAAGAAACAUUUCACAGACACAUUUGAUCCUAAGUGGAAUGGUGAAUUCUGUCAGCCUAACUGUGAUGAUGUUUUCUGUGGAGGAGAUGUGGAUUGUGGAACUGGUCCAGGCACUAAUGAGAUAAAGGUCACCACGACCUGCCAACAACCUGUUUCUAAGGAUAUCAUCGUUGAAGUCACUAUGAAUAACAUAAGCAAUGAAAUUACAAAUACAGAUUUAGAAACCACCUUGACAGAAAGUGCAUUGAUUUCUGACAUCUUUGAUGACCAGAGUUACGACUUCAGUAAAGAAAGGACUGGCUUUGUUCAAAUAAAUGCUAAUGCCUUCCCAGACUACCCCAGUGUCGUCAUUGUUGUUGAACCUGAUUGUCAAGAAGGGGAAACAUACCUCUAUGAGACAUGUGUUGAGUGUGCCAUUGGUACGUUCUACAACUCUACUGGAAAGACAUGUGACAGUUGCCCAAUAGGGCAAUACCAAAAUGCAACAAAACAACUCACCUGUAAGGAAUGCCCAACUGGGGAAACGACAGAGCUACCAGGCACAAAGUGCGAGGAUGACUGCAAAAAAUCGUGUGACCCAGGUCAAUACUUUGACAAGACUAGCGAUUCAUGUGAGAAAUGUCCCAUAGGAUUUUAUCAGCAAGAUGAGGGUCAAUUCUUCUGUUGGCCCUGCCCUGUGGAUAAGACAACAGCCGAAAACGGGACAGUAAAUGCCUCACAGUGUUAUGAUGCCUGCCUUGGAGGGACAGAGCUUAAUGCUGAUGAUGGCAAAUGUAUUGACUGUGAAGUGGGCUACUUCAGGGAAUAUGGCGUACAGACACGUUGCGUACCAUGUGAGGACUACAGACCAGGCUACACAACACGGAGUACCAAGUCAAACAGCACUGAUGACUGCAACUUAAGGGACUGUGACAAAGGCACAUUCAUCAAUGCAACAGAUGAGUGUCAACCGUGCCCGAUAGGAACAUAUAAUCCAGAAAAGUGGCAGACCCAGUGUCAGAACUGUAGCGUGAAUGAACGAACAGACAACCUGGGCUCUAUCAAUGAGACUGAAUGCAAAUUUUUCUGCCUUGAUGGUGAGGAAGAAUCCCCAGGUGGGGGGAGUUGUGUGCCUUGCAAGCAGGGCUUCUAUAGGAGCAACCAGUACAAUGGCUUCUAUACCAACUGCUCUGCAUGCGACGGUGAUAUGCAGACAAGAAGCACCGGGGCUAAGAAUGCAUCAGAAUGUACAUUGUUUGAUUGUGAGGCUGGCUAUAAGGAGACACCAACUGGCUGUGAGGCAUGCCCUAUAGGUAGCUGGCAGAAUGAAACACGACAGGAUUUCUGCUAUAGCUGCACUGAAGGGACUACCACUCCCACCAAUGCAAGUGUCAAUGAGACGCAAUGUACCAAGUAUUGCCCUAGUGGUGAGGAGCUGAUUGGUGAUGACUGUGUUGAAUGUGGACGUGGUUUCUAUAAGGAUAAUUCUGAAGGAUUAUUGGGCAUGUGUGUCAUAUGUGAUCCAGAAUUCAUCACUCUUGGCAAUGGCUCCAUCUCCAGUGAAAACUGCACUAUAGCUAACUGUUCAGCUGGGUACUACCUUGAUGAGGGUGAUAACACAUGUAAAGCAUGUCUCAAAGGCUCAUAUCAGGACAAGGUCUGGCAGACUGGAUGUAUAGAUUGCCCUGGAGAUGAUCAGAGCACUGUGGGGAAUGCUUCAACAUCUGUUACUGAGUGCACAAUUGAAUGUCCAGCAGGGAAAACAGGAACUGUCAACUGUACCAACUGUACAUAUGGUGAAUAUAAAGACAUGGAUGGGCUGGGACCUUGCGAUCCAUGUGAUUCUACAAAGCUCACUCCAAUCUUAGGAGCAACUAGCGAGGAUGAUUGCAGUAUAGGUAAUUGUCGUGCUGGAGAAUAUCGUAAUGCAACUGGGACCUGCAUACCGUGUCCAUCUGGUACAUAUAACAACGAGACCAUACAACUCCCCAGAGCACCCAAUGUUUAUGACACACAGUGUUACAGCUGUGACGCAAAGACUGGGGAUGGUAGGAAUAUCACUAGUGCAGUGGGCUCCGAUAGUGUUGACGACUGUGUCCCCUAUUGCCCAAGUGGAGAAUACAUCAACUCAACAAGUGGAGAGUGUGUUAAAUGUGCCAAGGGAAGCUACAAGGACAACAAUGAUGGCUUACUGGCAAGCUGUACCCCUUGUCCCAACAGCCAACUGAGCACUGAGGGUGAAGGGGCCACAUCUGCAUCUGACUGUAAUGUUGUUGAGUGUCUAGAAGGGAAUUACUACGAUAAACCGAGUAACAAAUGCGUGGAAUGCCCUCAUGGCAGCUACCAACCAUUGGCAGCACAGACCAACUGCACACAAUGUGAGCCAGGCUUUAAUACCACCAACACUGGAUCUACAUCUGCAAGCGAUUGUUCUUCAAUUUGUGAUAACCUUGCAUGUGAUCCUGUGGCCCUGUGCAAUAGUGAUACUGGCUUCAGUUGUAAGUGCCCAGCCCUGUACAAUGGAGAUACAGGCACAACAUGCACAUUCAAGUGUGAUGGAAAGUGUCAACAUGGAGGCACAUGCUACAAUAAUACAGCAGGCACUGAUGUUGCUUGUACAUGCACUGAGGAGUAUACUGGGGAUGACUGUGAAUCAUUACGAGCCCCAGAUAAUGCUACACAAAUCCUGCGGAUCAUUCUAGGCUCCCUUGCUGCCGUAGUAUUAAUUGCCUUGUUGGCAAUUCUUCUAGCUUGCUGUCGUUAUUGCAAGAAGAAAAGAGAAAAGGAGAAAAAAGAAAAGGAAUCAGUAGCAGAAUCAGAUAAGAAAGAGGCUAACUUUGUCAAUCCGAUAUAUGAAGGUCUUGCUCCACCAUACUUUUUCGCAGCUCCAAGAGCAAACAGUUCAAGUAAACCAUUUGUUCCAUUCAUAGAAAAAGAUGAAACCACGUACGAACCAAGUAUAGGACCCAGAAGCAGCAAUAGAUCUAAUAAAGUAUACGAGGAAAAGGUUGAUUGGACUUGGAAAAAAUUAUUAAAUUAGGAACCUUGUGAGUAGAUGGCAGCGCAACAGCAUUCAGUUCUGCGUGAGAAGACAAUGACCUUGACCCAACACUUGCUCAACUACUAAAGACAUUCACAUGACAGGAUACAAUGUACUUUGUCUACAUGGCACUAUACAGUGUACGUAAAUUAUGUGACAGGAUACAAUGGACUUUGUCUGUAUGACAGUAUAUAGUUUAAUUAGUCUACAUGACAGGAUACAAUG